ACAAAGAACCAGGAAACAAUAUCAGUUAGAAAACGAAACUUAACAUUAAGCUGUUCUUUGUCUGCAUGUGCACAUUCGAUAAGAUGGCAGAAGCUAGUAUUUUAUGGGCUCAGGAUCAGUUCAGCUGUUCAAUCUGUCUGGAUCUACUGAAGGAUCCAGUGACUAUUAACUGUGGACACAGUUACUGUAUGAGCUGUAUUACAGACUGCUGGAAUCAGGAUGAUCAGAAGAGAGUUUAUAGCUGCCCUCAGUGCAGACAGACCUUCACUCCAAGACCUGCUUUGGUUAAAAACAUCAUGCUGGCUGAUGUAGUGGAGAAACUGAAGAUGACAAGACUUCUGAAAACUUAUCGAGCUGCUCCCAGUUAUGCUGGACCUGAAGAUGUGGAGUGUGACGUCUGUACUGGGAGAAAACACAAAGCUGUAAAGUCAUGUCUGGUGUGUUUUGAAUCUUACUGUCAAACUCACUUUGAACGACAUGAAGAAUUUCGCUCAGGUAAACGACACAAAGUGAUCGAUGCCACUGGAAAACUCAAGCAGAUGAUCUGCUCUCAACAUGAUAAACAGCUGGAGAUCUACUGUCGCACUGACAAUCAAUGCAUUUGUUAUCUGUGUACGAUGGAUGAACAUAGAAAUCAUGACACUGUUGCAGCUGUAUUAGAGAGGAGAGAGAAAGAAACAAUUUGGGAAGGAACACAGAGAAAAUACCAGCAGAGAGUCCAGGAGAAAGAGAAGGAGCUUCUGGAGCUGAGAGAGGCUGUGAAGACACACAAGCGAUCUGGACGGACGGCAGUGGAGGACACUGAGAGGAUCUUUACUGAACUGAUUCGCUCCAUUGAGAGGAGACGCUCUGAGGUGAUACAACUGAUCAGAGAUCAGGAAAGGACUGCAGUGAGUCGAGCUGAAGGACUCUUGAAGGAACUGGAGCAGGAGAUUGAAGAUCUGAGGAGGAGACAUGAUGAGAUGGAGCAGCUUUCACACACAGAAGAUCAUAUUACUUUUCUCAAGAAUUUCCAGUCUUUUUCUGCACCCCCUGAAUCUACAGACAACUUUAUCAUCAAUUCUGUUUCCUCUUUUGAUGACGUGGGAAAAUCUGUCUCUCAGCUGAAGGACAAACUGAAAGAAAUCUGUAAAGAGGGAAUAGAAAAGAUAUCUGCUGGAGUAAGAUGCAACAAAAUUGUCCUCUCCAAAGAACCAGAGACUAAGGAGGAGUUCCAUCAAUAUUUACAUCACCCCACUUUGGAUGCAAACACAGCACAAAACAAUAUCAGUCUUUCUGAGGGGAACAGAGUGGCUUCUUGUACUAAAACAGUCCAAGAGUAUACUGAUCAUCCAGACAGAUUUGAUUACCGGUAUCAGGUGUUGUGUAGUGAGAGUGUAUGUGGACGCUGUUACUGGGAGGUUGAGUGGAGUGGGAGUGCAGGUGUCUCAAUAUCAGUGUCAUACAAGAGCAUCAGCAGAAAGGGAAAAAAAGAUGACUAUGCAUUUGGGAAAAACAAUCAGUCCUGGAGACUGUUCUGCUCUCCCUCUAAAUGCUCGUUCUGGCACAAUAAAAGAGGGAGGAUUCUCGCUUUACCAUUCAGUUCUUGUAGAAUAGGAGUGUAUGUGGAUCACAGUGCAGGAAUUCUGUCCUUCUACAGCGUCUCUGACACAAUGACCCUCAUCCACAGAGUCCACACCACCUUCACUCAACCUCUCUAUCCUGGAUUUGGGUUUAAUCUAAAAACAUCAGUGAAACUUUUUUAGAGGCUUAACCUGGAUUAAAUUCUACAAAAUGUUGUCAUCACAGAAUAAAAUGAAAAUCAUUAGUUUUCUCCAUAUGUAAAUGUAAUGUAAAAAUAAAAUCUGCAUGCAGUAUGUUGGAAUACAUUUAUGUCAUUUGUAACUACAGUAUUUUUGUUAGUUUGAUGUAACAUUUUAAUUAGGUGAUGUAAAUAAACCUUUUUCUCUAA